AGUAGUGACUACGUCGCUAUCGUGGUUAUGUCUUAGUUUGUAUGUCUAUUUCAUUUAUUCGUAUAUCAUGCUAGCGUAUUAUUACAGGUUUUAAUUAUAGAUGGAAACAAGGUCUUCUAGGAGCUGCACUAGACCCUCGAGGGUCACAGAUCUGUCCAUACUCCUAGGAUGGAGGGAGCCGGAGUGAUCACGACACGCGCUCUUUUCGCAGAAUAGUAGUAGCGUGACGCGGACGUAGGCGUUGUCUGCCCUCUGCGUUAUAGGGCUGCUCCUCUUUAGAAGAACUCCGCAAACGACUACCGUCUCUGUCUCCUCGAAUCACCUGCAACUGCCUUUCGUUAUACCAUAGCGAGCGUAAUUUCUUAGUAAAAAGCACAACGGACAGGGAAACGGAUACAAGGGAGGAGCCCUCGCUUUACGUACAAGCUGCAACCACGGAGCUCUCACUUGAGAAACUGCUGCUGCAACGAUGUCAGACGCACCAGUUGCCGUCGAUCUGCAUGGAUUCCAGUGUCCGCCUCCAUUAAGGGUUUCCGAAUUGCAUUCCUCACUACCAUUCCUGACUCUUUUCCUAGUAGAAAUGAGGCCAGGGAUUAUGUUCUAAAGAGUGUAGAAAUUCCGUAACCUCUAACUCCAGGCACCGUAGAGACUCCAGAUGAAGAGGGAGAGUUGCAUGGUCCACCUCCAGGUACCGCAGAGACUCCAGAUGAAGACGCGGGAGAUCAAAAAGAACAAACUCCUGCUCAGGAAGGGGAGCAAACUACAUCUCCAGCUCGUGCUGCUUCCAACGUGAAAACAACCGGCGCUGGCAGUACUAGUAAAGAUGGCAGUAAAGAACAACAUCAUGUGCAGGAAGGAGGGCAAACUAUCGCCAGCGUGAAAAGAACCGGCAGUACUAGUAAAGACGGAAGCAGCAAAGAAGUGGCUUCUUCCGGGGGAGGGCAGGAUGCGCUUGCCCUGUUACGUCAGCUCGGAGGCGACGAUGUGCUAGAGCAAAACAGUGGACCACUUGCCGGCACUGCAGCAAAUGUCUCUGCCGGUUCACGUGCUAGCUCUGCAGCUCAAACGAUGUCGGAUAUGUCUCCGACGAAAAUCGACAUUGAGAUACAGACUGCUCUGGGACUCUCCUCUGCAGGCGCAUCGAGUACUCUCUCGCAACUGAAUGAGCACCAGCUUUCAGCAGCAUCGCCUUUUCCUGGUCAAAUCCCGGACGAAGAAUCCAACAUUCCAGCUUUACCACCAGCAUCCUCGUAUCCCAAACAUCAGCGGUCCCUUGCACCCUCUACGAGGACAGGGAACUCAGAGGACAUGGACGCCUUAGAUCAGAUAUGGCUUGCAGCUGGCCUGGCUGGUUUCUAGUAGAAGGAGGCACCAAAGAACCAUCUUCAGGCUAAGAUGAAAACGAAAGAUGAAGUCGCGCAUGAUCUUACUUACAUAGAAGCACUUAGGGUCAGUCUAGUACCUUUACGCCUCCUGACUUGUAGAUCGCCCUUCCCUCGUCCUGUCUUUCAUCCCUCUAAGAAAUCCAGUAGUUGUCGAAAGCAGCAGUGCGAGUUCGAUCACCUGGUGCAACUCUAAUGGCGAUGCAGUACUGCGGUCAUCCCUAAAUGCCCGUUCGUCGUCAAGCCGCCGACAUAGGUCGCAACGUUUACUAAACACCGACAACAUGUUAAGGGUUGAAACAUUUCAUUUUUACAAGCCUUCUCCACUUGAGAUUGCUACUAAAAAAUGAAAUGUUUCAACCUUUAAACAUGCAAGAGGUGCUGAAGGCGCCACGGCGGAUGACGCACAGAAGCAACAUGCGGCACCUCACUAGGGUCGCUGCGGGUCACGCUGGGGAUGUCGUGAAAGAGGUCUUUGGCGAGAAAACUAGUGUUAUGGGUGUAGGGAAUUCAUCAUCUCCAAAUGAGUCAUCUGGAAGAGAACAUCAUCUCCAAAUGAGUCAUCUGAGAUAGAGCAAAAGACAAGAGGAAAAAGGGACCCAGAGGAUCCCUGAGAUGAAUUCCCGAUACCUCUAAUAGUGGCUUCAUCCUAAAAAAGAAGGAUCCAAUUGAAGCCGCGAACUACGAAAAAUUGUUUUCGGUAAGAUUUUUGUACCAGUUUUUUAUCUUUGAUGAUUUAUUUCAUCUUCUAGUUCUAGAAGAUUAUAGUUGGUUCGAGGAUUUUUACUAAGAGCAAGAGGUCGUCGUGUAGUACAUCUACUUCUACUAGUACUUCUAAGAACUAGGUUGUGAUAUAUUAGUCUUAGUGUUUCCAUUUUUCAUCACGACAAGCGAUAGCGAUUCAGAGAGUGCUGUUCAAGAGUUCUGCAAUCAUUUUUCACCGACAGGACAGCGCAGAUCCAUUGCAGAACUGGACACCACUCUAUGGCGGCCAGACGAAAGAUCCUGAGGGGAACGAGUACCUUAGACUCGAGAAUCUCACGAGUCAAGACUACGAAGCUGCGUACUAUCAUCCUCGGAUUUAUCAGUUUUUCGGAUGUUUGCCUUUUUUUUUAAUUUCUUCCUCGGUUUUUAAGAUUGAACUGCAUUAUACUAGUACCAUCAACAGACACCCUCUCGGUUUUUAAGAUUGAACUGCGUUUCGUUCCAUCAACGUCUUAGUUCUUUCAUCUACGUUCAACAUCCGACGUAGAGGCGAAGCAAGGUGCGUUCGAAAAUAUUGAUUUCACUUCAUGUGACACCUCUUCCGUAGAAGUAGUUCUUAGAUAGUAGUUUGACAUGUGUUACUAAGAAGUAUGUAGUUUGACAUGUUUUUAGUUGACAUAUCGUGUUACUAAUACUAAGUAUGUUUGACAUAUUCUUCUUAGUACUAGUAGUUUGUAUGAUUUGAUUUCAAUGGAUUCCUUACAAUCUUCCUUCGAUCUUCGAUCAAUCAUUCCCUUUCCCUAGAACGAAGAUGUUCCUCUUAGUACUAGUAGUUUGUAUGAUUUCAAUCAUCCUUAUUGUUAUUCCGAAAUCGCAGGUACGUCUUGGACUGCAAAAUUGGCGUGAGGACUUUCUUAGAGAGCGAAGCUAGAAACGAGAAAUUGAGGGAGGAUCUUUUCAUGAAGGCGGAGGCUUUAGCGCCUUGGCUUUUAACUGAUGAGGAGAUCGAGCGAGGGACGAUAACGAAAUUCAGGCACGAUCUUCUACACGAAACUCAUUCGUGAUCUUCUACGUAGUUUUUCAUCGUUCAGCCUAAGUAAAGAUAUUUUUAAACUGCACUACCUCUAUUGCGAGUUCCAAUUUUCUUGUGAAGUUUUUUUGGAUCAGGAGCAUUAUCGUUAUGGAUUUUCAUUUUGAUUCAUCUUCAACACUUUAUCUUCAAGACUUCUUCAUCUUCAUCUCAUCUUUUCCUUAGGUGGAUGACCAUUCACGAUUCGCAGACUACGACCAUCAAAGAAGGGUGGCGAAUCGAUGGUUGCGCUGGUAGUGGAACCAGCAUUACAAAGAGCGAACUGCAGAGAAAUAAGACGCGGGAAGACGCAAUCAAAUUUCUGAUUAAGGCUUGUUGUAGUUCCCCUAUUUUUUUUUAUCCCUCUCCAGGAAACGAAAGCUCAAAAGAACCGAGUUACUGGAUGAAAUAAGGGUCGUGAGCUCUAAUCUAAGCACAGUCUAUAUGGAUCUAGUUGCCCCGUCGACCGGUAAUGACGCAACUACGCCUGAACAAGGCGGGACAAAAGGACAACUGUCUUCAUCUAGUGAUGGACAACAACUACAUCAAGCUUCUUCAGCUGCUUCCCAACAAGAUCCUCCUACAACGACAACGCUGCUUGAAUCCGAAGGCCGUCCGCCCAAUAUGCGUGUGCUAUCAUCACCAUCUUCACCUUCAGCCUCAGACGCUGAUCCGAGUAGCAAGGGUUCUCCUCACAGUAUGGGUGUGAGAAAUGACGAUCAACAUAGAAGAACUGGACAUAUUUUUAACGGCAACGGUAGUACUGAAGGGGACUGGGAUAAGAAGAAGAUUAAAGAGGAGGAUGAAACAGAGGAUAGAAGCGGAGUUCCCUCUGGUGGCGAAGCAACUGGUGCACCUACAGGACAGGGAACAGAAGCAGAACUCGGAGAACCUGCACAAGAUAUUACGAACACGAACGAGAAGAAAGACAAAGAGAAAGUACCAAAGGAAAAUCCAAAUAGUAAAGUGGUAGAAAACGUCAGUGUCCGAGGACUUCCUGCAGAUGGGACACGGCAUGACCUGAGCGUUCCAGAGGGACAUGGAGCGUCGACAUUUAUGUUGAAGAUGAACGGUUUCGGUUUGUAAGCAUUUUCGAUUUGGUUUGAAAAAUAGCGAUUGAUGAUGAAUAAGUAGUGCCGCACUUGUCUACAGAUAGAUUUUACUAAGGUAUUGCUUGUUGCGUCAGUUGUCUCGACGUAUCUUCUGUUUUGAUGUUGCUCGCACUCCAUCAUGUGAAGUUCCAAGAUCUACAACCUAGUCAUCUGGUCUUCUCAACUACACCCUGGCUUCGUUCAUAGUUUCAGUCGGAGUCGGGGGAUCUUCGCUGAUGAAGGAUGUAGUUUAUGCUGUGAGGACAAGUAUUGCGAGCCGGUUAUUGCAGCGAAAGCGCGUGGGGAGUGAAACUGACCAAAAGAACGACGAUGGUGCUCACGGUCGGGACAUCUUCGCUGGAGGCAACGCGAACAUCGUACCAGGUAUGCCUUCGAAUGCGAGCGCUCCUGCUGGGCCCUGUCUCAAGAAUAUGUUAAGGGAGGUUCCCACAUUGCAUUCUGCUUCUGCACUUGCACGAACUACAUGGUUGACUUUUAUUUCUAAGAAGAAUAUGAAUAUCAUAUGGAAUCUUCAGGGAACAAGAUGUUGUAGUCCUGCACGAUGCACAUAUGUGGAAAUCUCAAAAUAAGCACGUCUUAAAAGGGAAUACGAAUGUGCAACGGGGGAAUACGAAUGUGCAACAGGAGUUCGAAACCGAGGAUAUUUUCGAUCACCUUCUUGCGGAGCUCGAGCAACUGA